GGCUUGAAAAAACUGAAUCAAAUCUGAAAACGAUUUUGUCAAGGGACAUCAAUGUUUCCGGAUACCACAACAGACACAAACUCUGAAAGUUAACUGGAGGCAAGAUGGAUGCUACAGUGAUAUUACCUAUUCUGAAGAAAAAGUUAGCCUUCCUUUCAGGUGGGAAGGAUCGAAGAAGUGGCCUCAUUCUGACAAUUCCAUUAUGCCUUGAACAAACAAAUAUGGAUGAGCUGAGUGUUACUUUAGACUACCUGCUAAGCAUACCAAGUGAAAAGUGUAAAGCUAGAGGAUUUACCGUUAUAGUGGAUGGUAGAAAAUCUCAGUGGAAUGUUGUCAAGACUGUUGUGUUAAUGCUACAGAACGUUGUUCCAGCUGAGGUAUCACUUGUCUGUGUAGUAAAACCGGAUGAAUUCUGGGACAAGAAGGUUACACACUUUUGCUUUUGGAAAGAGAAAGAUAGACUUGGCUUUGAGGUUAUUUUAGUAUCUGCCAAUAAGCUUACACGAUACAUAGAGCCAUGCCAGCUGACAGAAGAUUUUGGAGGGAGUCUUACCUACGAUCAUAUGGACUGGCUGAACAAGAGGCUGGCAUUUGAAAAGUUUACAAAAGAAUCUACAUCUUUACUGGAUGAGCUUGCCUUAAUCAACAGUGGAAAUGAUAAAGGAAACCAACAGGAGAAGGACAGGUCUAUAGACUUGAAUUUCCUUCCAUCUGUUGAUCCUGAAACUGUUCUGCAGACAGGUCACGAGCUGUUAUCUGAAUUGCAACAACGCCGCUUUAAUGGUUCGGACGGAGGGGUUUCGUGGUCUCCCAUGGAUGACGAACUGCUUGCUCAGCCCCAGGUUAUGAAGCUGCUAGACUCGCUCAGAGAACAAUAUACACGGUACCAAGAAGUAUGCAGGCAACGGAGCAAGCGCUCUCAGCUAGAGGAGAUUCAACAGAAGGUAAUGCAGGUAGUGAACUGGCUUGAAGGACCCGGCACAGAACAGCUUAGAACCCAGUGGGGGAUAGGUGAUUCAAUUAGAGCCUCACAAGCUUUGCAGCAGAAACAUGAAGAGAUUGAAAGUCAACACAGUGAGUGGUUUGCAGUGUAUGUGGAACUUAAUCAACAGAUUGCAGCUUUGUUAAAUGCCGGGGAUGAAGAAGACCUUGUGGAACUGAAAGCAUUACAGCAGCAGUUAAGUGAUGUUUGCUACCGGCAAGCCAGUCAGCUGGAGUUCAGGCAGAAUCUGUUGCAGGCAGCACUUGAUUUCCAUGGUGUUGCCCAAGAAUUGUCUCAGCAACUAGAUGGCCUACUAGGGAUGUUGUGUGUCGAUGUUGCACCAGCAGACGGGACGUCAAUUCAGCAAACUCUAAAGCUACUGGAAGAGAAACUGAAAAGUGUUGACUUAGGUCUGCAAGGUUUGCGUGAAAAAGGUCAAAGUCUUCUUGAUCAAAUAUCUAACCAGGCAUCUUGGGCUUAUGGAAAAGAUGUAACCACGGAAAACAAAGAGAAUGUUGAUCACAUCCAGGGAGUGAUGGAAGACAUGCAGCUCAGGAAGCAAAGAUGUGAAGACAUGGUAGAUGUCAGACGAUUGAAGAUGCUUCAAAUGGUUCAGCUCUUUAAAUGUGAAGAGGAUGCUGCGCAGGCAGUAGAAUGGUUAAGUGAAUUACUCGAUGCUCUACUGAAGACCCACACCCGCCUGGGGGACGAUGCUCAAGAAACCAAAAUUUUGUUGGAAAAGCAUCGGAAAUUUGUUGAUGUAGCACAGAGUACUUACGAUUAUGGAAGGCAGUUACUACAGGCUACCGUCGUUUUGUGUCAGUCUCUGCGAUGCACUUCUAGGUCCUCAGGAGACACACUUCCAAAGCUGAACAGAGUCUGGAAACAAUUCACCAUCACUUCCGAAGAGCGAGUAACUAGGCUGGAGAUGGCUGUCGCUUUCCAUUCAAAUGCUGAAAAAGUUUUGCAAGAAUGCCCAGACCAGCCUGAAUCUAUAAAUGACCAGGAACAAUUUGAUGAGAUUGAAGCUGUUGGAAAAUCACUUCUGGAUAGAUUAACAGUACCUGUUGUUUAUCCUGAUGGUACUGAACAGUACUUUGGGAGCCCGAGUGAUAUGGCUUCUACAGCUGAACACAUUAGAGAGAAGAUAAAGCUGGUUUGUUUGAAAAAACAGCAGCUGAGACAACCAGAAGUCUGUACAACAGAGAGCUAAUAGUGUCCAUUUGCCAGUUCAUAAGAUGUCUCUACGUUACCCAGCAUGUCAUCUGCAUUCUGCGCCUGCCAUAAUACAUUAAAACGCAUUUCUACAGCUGUUAUGAAAGAAUCCCGUCCUUCUUGAAGUAAAAACUUACUCUACAUCUUAACAGUGUAUUUCUACCAAGCCAUAAUUAUUUAACAUGCUAUGAAACCAUAGACUUUAAAUAUUAUCAAAAGGAACUGAAAAUAUUGCACUGAACCCUUCUUUCUCUGAAGCUUUUCCCCCAACCAGUCGGGUGCUUCUUUGCCUAAGCAGCUGAUGCAAGCUUUGAAUGGUGCUAAUAAGUACAAGUUCCGUACAGAAUAGUAAUUCUCUUUAUUCUCCAGAUGAUGUAGUAUUUUUAGGCUGUAGGCAAGCUAUCUGUUGUUUAGACAGUGGUGACCCUAUAGUUAUAAUUUGUAUUACUUUUCAAAUGGUCCCUUUUAUUGUGCCAAUAUACAUCCUGCCCAUCAAAUCUUUGAAAUUCAUUAUAGUUGGUUUCCCCCCUUCCAAUUUGUAUGGAUAAUGUAUUGAAAGCUGUUUUGUGCUUAAUAAAAUCCAUCUUUUUAAAAUCUUA